UUUAGGGUGCAGGGAGAGAGAAGAAUGUGAUUUUCCUCCCCUUGAAUCUUCAAACAGGGCAGCGGGGAGGGGGAUGGAAGCAAGGAAGGCCCCCGCCUCUCCCUUUGGGAACCAGCAGUCGGCUGCGGGGGGAGAGGGGUUCCCCUUCUCCAAACAAGGUUUGCAUUGCAGGAUCCUCUUGGAAGCGCUGAUAUCAACCAGCCUCCUUGUGGGGGAGGGUAAGAUAUUUGGUGCCUGAGACUCACCAGAGAAGGGAGCCCCCCCCCAAUGCAACCUGACUGGGACACUGAACCAGUUGUGCCAGUUUCACCCCACGACCAUGGGUCCCCGGGGCUGAGGGUGCCGUGCAGCGUACAUUGCCCUGGCACCGAAAUUUGUGGGUGCCCGGCCUCUUCAUGGGGAAUUAGGUGGGUGCUUGGAGACCCAGGGAGCUGGCACCUAUGCACUGAAAGACGCCAGGUGAAGCCCCCACCCCUAUCUUAGACCCAGCCUCCUAACCCAUUUUUAUGUAUUUCUUUACACUCAGCCUGGAACACCCCCCUCCCUUGGCCUCCUGCGUCAGGGAGCCGAUCUGGACCCUGAUCUGCCCCCCUCCGAAAUCUGCUGCUGAAGCCCCUGCCUCAGUGGGGCGGAGAUCGGGAGGGCAAGCAGGGGAGAGGAGGUGGAAGCAGCUGGAGAACAGAGUCGCCUCUGGAUUGGGAGAGAGGGAGGAGAUUUCGAAUUGGGUGGGGGGGUGAGAGAUGGGGAAUGUCAAGGGAAAUCGGCCUCAGGAGCGUCCUUAGUAAGAAAGAGGCUGAUAUGAGAAGGAAGGGGGAGGCCCCCCAGCUCCCCUUUCAGAAAUCCUAGUCUGGCAGGCUGAGGUUGCUUUGGCACAAAGGAAAGAGCCUCUUGGGUUUUCCAUGUUGGGGGUGCAGUUGGGGAGGGUUUGCUGUGCUGCUUUUGUGCCCCAAAACUGGAGGGAAGAGGUGCAUUUAACAUUUCCUGAAAUAUGAAAAAAAUACCUCAUCAGUUUCCCUCCUGCUUGGCAAGGGAAAUGGGCCCAUGGAUAGCAGGAUUUGAAACUGAUCAAGGUCUCGGGAGCCCUUUAAAAAGCUUCAAGGCAAAGACUGGAGGAAUUAAAGAAAUGCCCCCUCCCCAGCUGGACUUGGGGGAAAGAGCGGGGGAUGAGUUUUUGAUGAUUUUUCUUUCCAAAAAGAGGCUUCUCCAGGUAUCCUCUUGGGACUUUGUAGGAAAGGAGAAUCAAAGGACCCAGGAGUGGGAGAUCUGGCCUGUCUUGCAGGAUUGGCCCAGCGCAGAGGUGCUGAGGGACUUUUUCUGCCCGUUCUGGCAGCCUCACUCCUGCCUGGCCUCAUCCCCAUCCAGGUUGCCAGGAGAGUCUUAUAAUACUUAGGUGAUCUAAAGCCAACCACCUGGGCAAUGCUCACACAAGAACCCUGCAAGGUGGGCCACUAAAGGUCUUGGGCAAUGCCCCCUAGGUCAGGCGAUGCUUUUGACUAACUAUUUCAUAUAUUUUUUCAUAAGUGUUUGGAGUUUGCAUUUGUAAUUAGAAUUUAUAUUAGUUUUUUAAUCUUGGUAUUUGUAAUUUGUAAAAGGUAUGCCAUCGGUGUAAAUGUCUCCCACUCUAAAUUAUUCCGCCUUUCUGUGAACUGCCCUGAGAACUCUGGGUAUACGGCGGUAUAUAAAUUCAAUAAAUAAUAAUAAUAAUAAUAAUAAUUUUUGCAUUGUUCUCCUUAAAGAGCUGCUCCCUGCAUUGAAGUGCUUCGUGGCAACAGCUGAGAAAGUCCCAGAAGUGGCCCAGUUUACGCCUCCUCCUCCGUCCUUUCCACUUGUUAUGGAAAUCACGAAGGGGGCACACCUUUAAAGUUGUUAAAUGACACACUAGCAACGCAAUGGCCUCUGAGAAACCCUCUGAAUGGUCUCUUCUUAAAGAUGGAAUGGAAAGAGGAGCCAGGCAGCUUCCUCAGGCCCUCUUGACCUUUGAGGAGGUGGCUGUGUUUUUUACGGAGGAGGAGUGGGCUCUGCUGGAUCCAGGCCAAAGAGCUCUGCACAAGGAAGUGAUGGAGGAGAAUUAUGAGAUGGUGGCCUCUCUAGAGACUCUGAUACUCAAGUCUGAGCUCAUCUCCUCGCUUAGAAUAGAAAAAUACAGGGAUGUUGUCCUGGACCAAUUGAGAGGUGAUGGGGAAGGCAAUCAGAAUUUUGAGCGGCCAUCUGUAAAGUACUUCAGUGUGAGUGAACACCUUAGCACACACCUACAAACUAACACAGGGGAGAAACCAUUUAAAUGUAUGGAGUGUGGAAAGAGCUUCAGUAAGAAUGGAACUCUUUUAAGACAUCAACGAACUCACACAGGGGAGAAACCAUUUAAAUGUUUGGAGUGUGGGAAGAGCUUCAGUGAGAAUGGAUCUCUUGCAAAACAUCAACGAACUCACACAGGGGAGAAACCAUUUAAAUGCAUGGACUGUGGGAAGGGUUUCAUUGAGAGAGGAGCUCUUACAAAACAUCAACGAACUCACACAGGGGAAAAACCAUUUAAAUGUAUGGAGUGCGGAAAGAGCUUCAGUGAAAAUGGAAAACUUACUGUACAUCAACGGACUCACACGGGUGAGAAACCAUUUAAAUGUAUGGAGUGUGGAAAGAGCUUCAUUUGUAGUUGGAAACUCACUGAGCACCAACAGAGUCACACCGGGGAGAAACCAUUUAAAUGUAAGGAUUGUGGGAAGGGUUUCAGUGAAGGUGCAAAACUUACAAUACAUCAACGAACUCAUAUAGGGGAGAAACCGUAUAAAUGUAUGGAGUGUGGGAAGGGUUUUAUUCAGUGUGGAGCUCUUACAACGCAUCUACGAACACACACAGGGGAGAAACCAUUUAAAUGUAAGGAUUGUGGACAGAGCUUCAGUUACAAUGGAAUACUUACUGUACAUGAACGAACUCACACGGGUGAGAAACCAUUUAAAUGUAUAGAGUGUGGAAAGGGUUUCAUUGAGAGUGGUGCUCUUACAAAACAUCAACGAACUCACACAGGGGAGAAACCAUAUAGAUGUUUGUAUUGUGGGAAGUGCUUCAGUCAGAGUGGAGCUCUUACAAGACAUAAACGAUCUCAUACAGGGGAGAAACCGUUUAAAUGUUUGGAGUGUGGGAAGUGCUUCAUUUGUAGUUGGAAACUCACUGUGCACCAACAUAGUCACGCUGCAGAAACCAUUUAAAUGUAUGGAUUGUGGGAAGAGUUUCAGUGAGAGUGGAGCUCUUACAACACAUCAACGAACUCACACAAGGGAGAAACCAUUUAAAUGUAUGGAUUGUGGAAGCUGCUUCAGUAAGAGUGUAACUCUUAGAAAACAUGAACAAUCUCACAGACAGUGCCAGAUUUACGUAUAAGCUAAACAAGCUGUAGCUUAGGGCCCCACUCUCUUGGGGGCCCCAAUUUUUUUUGAAGGAAAACAAAAACUGAAUGUACAUUUCCAAAAUAUAAGAUAAAAAACAAAUAAAAUAAAAUCUACAUACAGCAACAGUGUUUUGUGUUGUGUAGGCUCCAUUACCUUCAGUAGUUUAGGGCCUCACCAAACCUAAAUCCGGCCCUGCUCAGAGAAGCAACUGUUUAAACGUGUGUGUAGAAAGUGUUUCAAUUAUAGUGCAGUUCCCCAGAGAGUUGAUUUUGUACCUCAUAUCAGCAAACUCGUAUAGGGAAAAAUAAACCGUAAAUGCAUGGAGUGUAUUUGAUGUUCUGGUCUUUGUAUGGAAAGUUGUGUGUGUGUGUGUUUUAAAUAUAGGUUGAGGGUCCGUUGAUAUUUGGUCUUUGGCAGAGGGAGUUGUGAGUGGAGAGUUGUGACUAGUGGAACGCGACAGUUGUAACUAUCUGGCUGGCUCACGGCUUAAUAAGCAGCAAGUAGACAGCUUUACACACUGGAAGACACUUGGA